GGCUGUCAGCUGAUUGGGUUCGUUGAAAAACUAGCUUUAUAAUAAUUAAUUAUAUUAGUUGUUAUGCGAGUGGCGCUGCGGCAAUCAAAGCGAACGAUACAGUGAUCAAUGUCUUAUUAUUUUGCUGGUCUGAAUAAAUUUUCCUGUAACGUGAUCCACACCCAGUGGAAGCCAACAAUAAGCAAUUGCAUUUUGCUCAACCGCAGCUCGGCCAGAAAUUUGUCUAGAACUAGGAAGACUUUUAAGCGUCACCACAACACGACAAGCAACGGCCACAUUAACCAAAUGCUGAACCAACUUCCUCUUUAUGCCAGCGGAGAGAUUGUAAGGGGGUUUGGCCGCGGCUCCAAAGAGCUGGGCAUUCCGACAGCCAACUUUCCGCUGGAGGUGGUAAAAUCUCUUCCCGAAUCCCUGCUCACAGGCGUCUACUACGGGUGGGCGAAUGUGGACAACGGAUCCGUGCACAAAAUGGUCCUCAGUGUCGGUUGGAAUCCCUUCUACAACAACACAGAGAAGAGUGUGGAGACGCAUAUGCUGCAUGAAUUCAACUGUGAUCUAUAUGGCCAGUUACUUAAGAUCUGCAUCGUGGGCUAUCUGCGACCGGAGAAAAGCUUCGACUCGCUGGAGGCACUGAUAACCGCCAUCAAGGUGGACAUUGAGCAGGCAACGCACCUGGACACGCCGGAAAAUAAGAAACUACAAGAGGCUACGUUCUUUGCCAAAAACCCUAGCGAGUGUGAAUGUAAAUAAUUAUUCCAGAGCGUAUCUUAUCGUUUAAUUAGCAAUAUGUACAUAAGAGAGUUCGAAUAUCGAUUCAGGUACUUAAGUUGGGUGUUUGCUCAUCAUGACAAGAAAAUAAAUUAUACAACAAAUAC